AGCCCAAGUCUCGAUUGCGGCUACACCAAAGUGGAUUUUGGAAGCACAUGGGUUUGCCAGCAGCGAAAGCGAGCCGCCGCCGCCGCAAAUCGAAGAUGAUGGGGGAUACCAGAGGAAGCGGCCACGUAGGUGGUUGAAAGCAUACGUGGCAGAAUCUCAAGGAAAGAUUCCCACUGCUCCUAACUCCUCACGCGUACCCAUCAGUCCCCCAUCAGCCCUUUGCAGAAAGAGAGAGAAAGGGACAGAUAAAGAUUGAGGCGGUGUGGUGAGUCUAGGUAUCUCAAUUUGCAAAUCUGGCCACGAAAUAAGGGAGUAGAAGAGAAGGGUGUCCAGCCCUGUCCUGUACAAGGUAUAUUGAUUCCAUGUAUUUCGGGUGUCCGUUGAAUACGACUCUAUGGCAGACCCCAACAAUGCGCUCCGCUCUUGAAUUUUUCUUCCACCUUUCUUUCCUUCCACGCCCGUCGUCGUCUUCUCCUAUUGAGCUUCUCUGUCCACUGAUUUACUUCUUUCCUCUAUGGGUGAGUGAUUAGGGCUAUGCGUUUGAGAUGGGAGUUUGUGUUGAUUCCUGUUUCUCUUUUGACUUUCUAGGGUUUUACAAUGAUUACGAUUUCUCAAGGGUCUCUUUCUUUCCUUCAUUUCUGUACCAUUGCUGAGGUCUCUCUUUUUAUCACGGGAAGUUCGUUUCAUUGGAGAUCUUUUCUUUAGAAAAUCCAGGCCAUAUAAACCCUUUUUUUUUCCUCGUCCACGCAUUGAUUGACUUUCUUUUGUUUUUCGCAUUCCGAGCAUGUAUAGCUGUUUCUUUAAACUAGUAGUACACAAAAGUCAUCAAUGGUUUAUCUGAAUCUGAGUUGGAGACAGUUUUCUCCCUAGGAUAGACCAGAAGAAGAAGUAGAAGAAAUUUCGUGGCAGAAGUUCUAGGAUAAUAGUCUUGAGAAGCAAGCAAGACGCGCCAGCUUAUCUCUUGCAUAUUGCGUUGCCACCAUAGACUUCAUUCCAAGAAGCAACUCAAGGCAAAGUUCAGAGGAUGGAGAACUUCUACAAGCCUUAUUUUGAUCCAGACUAUGAAUCACUCAUUGAAAGAAUACAUCCCCCAAGGGUCUGUAUCGAUAACGACGCAUGCCAAGACUGCACACUUGUUAAGGUUGAUAGCGCUAACAAGCACGGGAUCCUGCUGGAGAUGGUCCAAGUUCUAACGGAUCUUGAACUAGUUAUUUCCAAAUCUUACAUCUGCUCCGAUGGUGGAUGGUUCAUGGACGUGUUCCACGUGACGGAUCAGCUUGGGAACAAACUCUCUGACGAAAGCCUCAUACUUUACAUUCAGCAGGCGUUAUGUGCGAAUAGGAAGCAGGGAAUUUCCAAGGAGUUGCAAGCCCGCCUUGGAAGAGAGAUGAAUCCACGACAUGUUUCAACAGAGCACACAGCCUUUGAGAUAACCGGAACAGAUAGACCUGGUCUCAUGUCCGAGAUAUCAGCAGUUCUGGCUGAGUUGUCAUGCCAUGUCACUGCCGCCGUGGCAUGGACCCACAACUCCCGAGCUGCUUGCAUUAUCUGCCUGGAAGAUGAAUUGAAAGGUGGACCUAUCAGGGACCCGGAGCGCCUGGCCCAUGUGGAAGAGCAGCUUGAGAAUGUGGUGGAGGCCCGCGACAAGAGUGGGGAGAGGAGGAGAGUGAGGUUAACAGCCCCUGUUGCUGGGCGAACCCACACUGAUCGUAGGCUGCAUCAGUUGAUGUUUGCUGAUAAGGAUUACGAGAGGUGCUGUGGUGGGUGCGACGGUAGCAGUGAUAGGAUUCAAGUGUCCAUAGAAACUUGUAAGGAGAAAGGGUAUUCAGUGGUGAAUGUGAAGAGCAGAGACCGUCCCAAGCUGCUGUUUGACACUGUGUGCACCCUCACGGACAUGCAGUAUGUGGUGUUCCAUGCAGCUGUGAGCUCCAAGGGCUCCAUUGCUGUUCAGGAAUAUUUUAUCCGGCAAAUGGAUGGAUGUACUUUGGGUACAGAGAGCGAGAGGAAUAGAGUUGCCCAAUGCUUGAUUGCUGCAAUAGAGCGGAGGGUCACCCAUGGAUUGAGGCUAGAUAUACGCAUUAAGAACAGGUUGGGACUGCUCUCAGACAUCACACGGGUGUUUCGAGAGAACGGGCUGUCGAUAAGGAUGGCUGAAAUUGGGAUACACGGCGAGAGAGCCAGUGGAUCAUUCUAUGUAACAGACGUUUCGGGACGCGAUGUAAGUCCCAACACAGUAGAGUUGAUCAGGAAAGAGAUCGGGGGAACAAUUAUGGCAGUUAAUAAGUCCUCCGUCCCGCCUUCCCUGCCUGCCUCACCCAGCAGAGACAGAAGCACGGCAAGCAGCGUAGAAAACAGGCCAAGAUUCUCAUUAGGAACCUUGUGGUCUCAGAUUGAGCGCUUCUCAAGCAAUUUCGGUCCUAUAGGGAUGUGAGGCUUCAAAUACUUGCCAGCCGCUGCCUCGGGCUGCUGUAAAUAGUAGUUGCAUUUGUAAAUACAUAGGGUGUGUUGUUCUCUCAUAAUAGCUGUUUGGCGCCCAAAUCUAGUGAACUGUAUAUACAAGGUUAUUGGUACGGUAAGCAUUCAAUACAGUACAUGUCUAGCAAGCUUAUCCGCACACGAUUUGUCCUUCGGUACAUAUGUUACAACGUGUCACACAUAUACCACGGUAGCUCAUUGAUAUGGUAUUUGCGCAUCAAAA